GCCCACUCGAGGUGGUACCGCCACCCAACCAUACACGAAGGAGGAGGAGGAGAAGAUGGCCGCCAUCCUGCAGGAGAGGAAGGAGAAGAAGGAGGCCAAGAAGAAGGCCUAGAAAGAAGAACAGGCGGCCAAAUUGAAGAAGAUGGAGAAAGAAAUGGCCAGGGAGAAGGAGAGGCUGAUAAAGGAAGAAGAGGAGAAGUUGAAGGAGGUGGAUGAAGAGGAGGAGGGACCACCACUGCAAAGGAGUGGGCAGCACAGCGGCCGCAGCAGUGAUGAGAUGGAGAAGAAGAUUUUGGAGUGGGUCGCCAACUUAUCCCUGGGUGAGGAGGAAGAGGUUGCUAUAUACAUCCCCAAGGAUGAGCAAGAAGCCGCCAUGAAGAAAUGGGAAGUAGAAGAAGAUGUUCUGACGCGGCGGGCGAUGGAGGAUGAACAAAGGAUGGUGUGGAAGCUCGCAGUGAUGAGGGAGAAGAAGAGAAGAGUGGAGGCGGCGAAUGCGGCAAUGCAGGAACUGGAGGAGGUGAGGGCUGCCGUAACAACACAAUUGAUUCCGCAAGUGGAUCUCCAACGUAAAGUGGAGAUCAUCGCCCAGAGCGUUGAGCGGUUAGCUAAAGUGCAAGAAAGGCACUUUGAGUUUAGUCGCAACCUGGAGAUAUCUGUACGCUCGAUGCGAACGGGCUUACGGGAUUUUACUCGCGAACUAGUAGGCGCUGUGGGAUCCAAGGUCUUCCCGGAUCAGCAGUACUUAAUUGCGAUCCAUGCACUUAGAGACGAGGCCGCCAGUUUCGCGAGAUCCCUUGUUCGUGCUGCCAACUUUAGUGACGAUCCAGUUGCGUACUCCUUAUUUACGUCCCUCACCGAAUUCCUGAAGUUGCUGUGCGAGCGAUUUGCUGAUGUUGCUCGCAGUGUCAAGGCCUCAGACAAGCUCCAAACCAUCCAUUCUCGUAAAUGGAAGAGUGCCAAGGCACUCAAGGGUACAAUGAAUGAGUUGGUGGCCGUCCCUGACCAUGGGGUCACAGAGGGCCAAUUGGUCAACCUCUUUAACCAGGCUAUGCCCGAAGCCUUUCGAGGGCAGUUCUUCGCGAAGAGCGAAGACCCUGCCACCACUUACGAUUACCUUAGUCGUGAGGUGGUGGCUUUUGAAGCGAAGUCAGUGUCCCUGUCCACCUUUUGGCAUAAGGAUUUGGACAAGGGAAAGCAAUGGAAAGACCGCACUAUCUCAAGGCAGGUAAAGACCAAGGAUAGCCUUGUCUUGACUUUAGAUGAGGGUAGUGUGGAUGAGAUUCCCUACGAUCAGAUUGAGUGGGGGCUAGAGGAGGCGGACAGCGGUGUGGGCCAGGGGAGGACUUACACUGGUGUCGCGGUUGGAGGGAGGCCGCAAGGAGGAAGAGGCCAGGGCCAAGGGGGCCGGGCCUCAGGGAGCCGGUUCCAGGGCGAUCAGGGGGUUGGCGGCAGAGGAGGAAACCGCCAAGUGGGAGGCAGGGGUCAAGGUCCCCCGCAAAACCAUCCUAGGAAUAGGUCUCCCUAUAGGGUAGGAGGAUGGCACCCAGGGCUACCGCAGGGUAGGCCUUGGGAAUCUUUGGGUCUGGACCAAGCUUUAUGGCAACAAUGAUUGGACCGGGGCCAGUGCAUUUUCUGCCGUGAUCCGGGCCACAUCAUCAAAUAUUGUCCUAAGUACAGAGAGACCGGAACGGCUGCCCAAGGGCCAAAAGGCAGCCGCCGGUAGGGGUAGCAACUGCCCCUACCAUUAGGCCAUGUGGGGAACAUAGCGCUAGCCGGCAGGAGACUCCCACACCACAUGUGCCUAUGGSAGAGGUUGCAGGYCGGUGUCUAGAUAGCUGUCCCGAAACUGCUUGUGUUAGAGUUUCGCUAGACACCUCCCUCACAGGCGUGGCCGAAGAAUUGAAAGAGAGGAUGCCCGCCUAGGCCAAGAUGAAGAAGGAGAAUAAAGGGCAGCUUAUAUU